CUGGGGUCUGAGGGUUGGGUUUCUUGUGGAAGGUUUCUUGUGAACUGGCCCCCACUGUAAAGCAUGUCGCCACAUUUUGGAUCAGCAGCGGCUUGCGACGUGGACGUAAGUUGUGCCUGCUGACAGGUUACUGCUCUGGCCCUAGGCCAGGCCGCCUUGUCAAACAAACCCAACAAAGCCAGCGAGAACUGGCUGUUGAAAAAAAGCCGCGCACCAGGGGUCGCUCUUGCCCAGGGUCACCCCUGCGCGUCGUCGAGAGCAGCGCGGGCGCGCCCGCUCGAGGAGGCCGCGGGGGGGAGGCCGCCGCGGGGCGCGGGGGCGGCGCCCGAUCAAGAAGUGCAGGAGCGGGUGCGGCUCCUGGAGGGCGACCGCCGCGAGAUGUCCCUGCUGAUGCAGAGGUGCGACAGACCUGCGGUGAGGGCGAGGCUGAGCGACUUCCUCGUAGAGAUGGACAAUGAGCUCGCGCGGCUGAGGGAGGACCCCCUGGAGCUGGACGACGAGGACCGCCUGGCUCUGCGGCAGCUCCACCUGCACAAGCUCUGAGCCUCCCGGGCGCGGCCCGCGCCGGGCAGCCGCCGUGCGCCCCUCAGGCGCUGGCCGCCGUGCCCGCCGGGGGCGUGGCAGAGGCGCCCUGGCUGGAGGUGGGGCGCUUCGCGCUGGACCUCGGGGAUGCCAGAGCCCCCUUCGUCGGCGUCGACGUGCAGCUGGAGGCGGUACCGGCUGCGGCGGGCAUGCCUGCAGCACGACAUUGACCCAGCGAAGUCGUCCUUCAGGGUCAAACGCAACCAUGUGUUAGUUCGCUUGGCGAAGGUGCCCAGCGCAGAAGAUGUCAUUCCGCUCGGCGGCGUCACCGGGUACGCGCUCUGGACAGAGCUGUGCGCUCUCGACGGGCGGUCUCGCGAUGCAGUGAGGUCUCCCCAGGUGCGGGGCUAGGGUUAAGUCGGGCCUGUCCCUCUACAGGAGGCAUAUUCAAAAAAUACAUGUUGGGAUUAUUGUGUUUGUAUUGUCUUACAAUGUUUAAUUUGCUCGCCCAAAAUCCGCCUGUAGGAAAACACGCCCGACCUACGGCUAGGGGCAGGCCGCACACGCGGCCAACGAUGUGUCCGACGAUCGGUGGCGAAAC